AUGUUUUUCAAACGUUUUAUCAUCCUAGUGCUAUUGAUUCCAACUUUUACUUUGGCUCGUAAAAUAAAACGAAAAGGUCACUAUGUUUUAACGCAUCCACAUCAACAUCAACCUUUACCACCACCAACCACGACAGCUCCUGAUCAUCCAUAUCACUUUGAAGAGGUAAAUGGGGAUGAAUUUUCGCCACAACCACAAAACUAUGGACAUGAACGCUAUGGCCAACAGGACUCGUUUGAGCCACAUGAUCACUAUGGACAACACACAAUACUUAGUGGCACUUAUCUAAUUGACAACGGCUUAAGAAGCAUAGCCAAAGGUUCCGCCGAUCAAGCCAACUCAGCGGUGGCUUCACAGAAUGCAGCUGGCAAACAGGCAGCCUAUGUGGCCAAAAAUUCAUUGGCCCAGGCGGCAACACAAGCAGCCGGCACUGCUGUGGCAGUACUCAAGGGUAAAGAAGUAUUUUUGCAACGUUUAGAUGAACAAACCGCUGAGGCACACAGAGCCAUGCAAGGUGAACUGCAGCAACUGCAACAGGCCAAACGUUCGGCCAAAGCAGCACAAUAUGCCGCACAACAAGCACUCAAUCACGUUUCCAUCUUAACGGCUGCUCUAAACAAUGCCCAAUCAGCCUCAGAGUUGUCUCAAAAGGCUGCCUCAGAGGCAGCCGCUGAGCUGGCCUCACAAAUCGAUAUGGUUGCACAAGCCAAGACAAAAUUGGAACAAAUAGAAACACAAUUGUAUACGACGCGCUUAGACUAUGAGGAGACCAAAGAUGCAGCCGAAAAAGCCACACUGUCGGCACAAGAGGCACAACUCAAUGCCAACGAUGCGGCACAGCAUGCGAAUGUUGAAUUGCAAAGUGAAUCGCAUGGUAGUGGGCCUGCUGAAACGAUUCAUGUGCAUUUGCCAGAUACACAUGAUCAUGAUCAUGAGGUCCAUUCAAUUGUUAAGAGACGUUUUAAAAAUAAUGAGAAGGUUAAAAAGCCAUAAGCUUUAGUUGUUGCUGUUGGGUGUUUACUAUUCAAAAAACGUUAUUUUUGUAAAGAUUUUUAUAUAUUUUUUUUAUAUCGAAAAUAAAAUUAUGUAAGAUAAUUUCGUGGAUUUCGUGGAUUCUCUGUAUUUGCAAACUCUUUUGUAUUUGUAUUUACUAAAAGAUGAGUAAAAUGUUUGUUAAUUUAUUAAAUAAAAAAACCAUGAAAAACA